GGAAUGAACGUUUUUUGGCCAAAGGUCACGCAAAAACACAAAAACAGAACGUGUAGUUGUAGUUGGGGGUUUGUUUGGCCUUUCGACUUGGGGGGCCGGCAUUAUUCAUCUCCAGUACGUCUGAGAGCUCCUUCUUGUACCUCCAUUUUGGAGCGAGCUCUCUUCUCAUGCAAUCAGCAUCUCAUAUCACUUCCGAUUCUACUCGACUCCACCUCCCAUGGACGACGCAACGUCCCCACUUCAUGGUCCAAAGCCCUAAAUUUAGGCAACGAAAACUCCCCCAAAGACACUUACUUCUUUCAAAUUCCUUGAAAACUUCUUAUGGGUAUGAAUUCGAAGGCAUCGGCAGAGAAGAAGAACCAGCGACGGCAUUACGCCUGCCUGUCGUAGUUCGCCGGUCUGGUAGGGCUUCUCGCUACUUCUGGGAUGGCACCCAUUUGCGGUUAGUUUAUUUGGAUGGAGGCGCCUCGAAUUGUUUAACAUUAGACAAUGGGUUUCGAAAAUUUUUCCAAUUUUGUAGCUUGGCUAUUCGGGAUUUUUUCAUUCCUCACCAAGUUCAUGGGCACUACAUAGAUUACGUAAAGUGGAAAUUCUUGCAUCGGGUUUUCAGUUCUGCACUACAGGUUCUCGGUACUCAGCUAUGCACUACUUUGGCAUUGAGAGGAAAACGCUUUUCAUUAGGUGUUGGGUAUUCUCGCUCCCUUCCUUCAGCUGCUGCACUCAAUUGGGUGCUAAAGGAUGGUCUUGGGAGGCUUAGUCGAUGCAUAUACACUGCUAGCUUGGCAUCCGCAUUUGACACCAAUUUGAAGAGAGUUAGGUUCUCUACGUCUGUUCUCUUCACCUUGAGCAUAGGAGUUGAGUUGCUGACUCCAGCAUUCCCACAGAACUUCUUGCUUCUUGCAACUGUGGCCAACAUUGCUAAACAAAUAAGCCUGGCUUGCUACCUAGCAACUGGUUCUGCUGUACACCAAAGUUUUGCAAUUGCAGAUAAUCUUGGUGAAGUUUCUGCCAAAGCACAGAUUCAAACUGUGUGCUUUGAUAACAUUGGCCUGAUGCUUGCUGCACUCUUGAAUAUAUUGUGCAAGAAUAGCCAAAGAUUGCAAGCAUGUCUUCCUUUUGUUGUAUACCCAGUUUUCUCUACAAUCGACCUUUUUGGGAUCUACCAAGGACUCAAGCAUGUCCAUCUGCAGACAUUAACUAAGGAUAGGCUUGAGAUUAUACUUAGUACCUGGAUUGAGUUGGGAUUUAUUCCUUCACCUGCAGAGGUGAGUAAGGAAGAAGGCAUGGAUUUUCCAUGGAGCAGAGGCAGAAAGUCGUGGCCAGUUAGAGUCGGAUGUGUAGAUCCUAAUGAUCCAAUACCAAAGCUCUCAAUGCUGACAAUGAAGUCUCUGAAGCGUGAAGAUUUCUGCUUCAUCUGCUUGGAGACAUCCAUCAAGGGUUUGACCAGAAAUGUGCAGCAAGGAAUUCUUGUAUGCCUACGGGAAGGAGCUGGCACGACAGAUAUCAUCAUGGGUUUGUUGCAGGCAUGUCAUAUCCGGAAAGCUCUUCUACUGAACAAGAGCAGAUGGGAGCAUCUUCUAGAACUUGGUGACCCCAUAGACUCAGUUGUUAGAGACUGGUUUAAAGUGGUUGAAGAUAGCAGGAGAUGUUUGCAAGAGGAUGUUCACCUGUUGAAGGAAGAAAUGUCAAGAUCUGGUUGGGCUGUUAAAAACGUUUUAUUGAACCUGCAAGAGCAGGUCCGAUAUAGUUUGCUAGAUGAUUGAGGGGAAUCAUGUGGUUUGGAUGGCCGUGGUUGCACAAUUAGGGUUUGGCCAUGACUUUGAGAUAGCUAUUUGCAAUUUUUGCAUGUACAUGUAUUUGUAAAUUUUUUAGGGGUACAUAUUUCUGUUAAAAUACCACUGUCCCCAACUGAUUAUUGAUGCAUGCAGAGAACGUAGCCAAUAUGUGAGUGACAUGGUGGUUAGAAUGGCAAAUCUCUAUCCCACCUCCAAGUUUCUCUUUGGUUUUCAACUAUGUUGUUUACAUUGUCAGUA